UGAACACUGAGGCAUUAAUAUGAUUUCACUGGUACUUCUAGUUGGAUUAUUUGGUUGCACUUUGGGACAGUACAGACCAGAUGUACCCCUCAGUAGAGAAGCAACGGCCCGCAUCGUAGGUCAAUCACAGGACGGACCCAAUCCUGAUGGAUCUUACGCUUGGGGAUACGAAACAGAAAAUGGUAUCUCCGCAAGAGAAAACGGUUUACCAAAAGCAGCAGACACACUCGAAGCACAAGGUGAAUUCAAAUACACUGCUCAAGACGGUACUCCAAUCCAACUGGUCUAUGUUGCCAAUGAAAAUGGGUUCCAACCUCAAGGUGCACAUUUACCAACCCCUCCACCUAUCCCAGAAGAAAUUUUGAGAUCUAUUGAGUACAACGCGCAACAUCCCGAAGAAGAUGAGAGCCAAGUAACUCCUGUUGUUGGUGGAUACAGACAGAGGAUAAAAUAA